AUGGCGGAGGAGGACUACGAGAUCGAUUACUAUGGAGAUGCUGGUAAUGACCAACAGCAACAUAGUUCAGGGAGCGAUCAGCAACACCAUGCAAACGGCGACCGCGCCGGUGCGCAUCACGAACAAGCACACGACGACCACGAUCGCGACCAAGAGCAGUCGAAGAAUCCGCAGGCCUACGACCAAGGGGAUGAUGGACAAGGGUCUGUUGAUCCCAACGCCACAACCGCGCUGAUGAUUUCCGAACUCAAUUGGUGGACGACAGAUGACGAUAUCCGCGGUUGGUUACGGCAGGGCGGAUGUGAAGCAGGCGUCAAAGAUAUGUCCUUCAGCGAGCACAAAGUGAACGGCAAGAGCAAAGGGCAAAUAUACCUUGAAUUUAACUCCGCUCACGACGCGACAUCGGCGAAACACCUGAUCGACAAGAUGCCCGCGGACGGUGGUCAUCUUGGCCAGAAGAAGAUCUCGACACAGUACUGGAACCCAAAUAUGAACCCGUUCCGAACCCUCCCCAAGGACGCCCCCGCACGGGGUAAGGACCAGCCGAGAUCAGCCCAGCCAGGCUCCUACAGCGAUCGGGGGAACUACAACUCUGGUGGAGGCUUCCGCGGGCGUGGGGGCUAUGGCGGAGGCCGCGGCAACAUGGGCCAGAACAGCUACAAUCGUAACUUUGGUGGAGGUGGCGGUUACAACAACAACAUGGGCGGUGGCGGCGGAUUCGGCAUGGGCGGCGGUGGUGGUAACUUUGCGUUCAACGCCGGCCGUGGCAAUAUGAUGGGCGGCGGUAUGCGAGGAGGCGGCAUGAGGGGUGGCCGUGGAGGAAACAUGAUGGGCAUGAACCCCAUGGGCGGUAUGAACAUGGGCAUGCCCGGCGCAAUGGGCAUGGGAAUGAUGGGUGCUACCGGUAUGCCUGGUUUUCAAGGCAUCCCCGGUAACUUCAACAACUUUGGUGGCUUUGGCCAGAACCAGGGUGGUGGCGGUGGUGAUUGGGGCAAUCCUCACGGCGCCAAACGUCCACGCCCGGAAUAA